AGAAGAAGAAGAAGAAGAGGGGAAGCUGCCUACAGUAUAUAAAAAGUCAUGGGUGAUCUAUAUUUGCUCUCUACAAUUUCAAACUGAUGUGAGAAGUUCAAAUUUAAAUGUUUAGGUUAUCGUCCAUGAUGGAUGUCCAGAACCAAUACUGCGUGUCACGACCCAUAUACUCCAUACGUGCUUUCGAGCAUGUCCAUGAGAGACAAAUACGAGAGACCAAGAGUCUUAAAGAGAGAUUCAGCGGUUCCUGCAGGUGCUCAACUAAACGGGUAUGGAAUAUAGUUAAGAUGUAUUUCCCAGUCCUCGGAUGGCUCCCGAUAUAUCAAAUCAAGCAGUGGCUUCCUGGUGAUAUUGUUGCCGGAAUCACAACUGGAAUGGUGUGCGCUUUACAAGGUUUGGCUUACUCUCUGCUGGUGAAUGUUGCUCCAGUAUAUGGACUCUAUGCUGCUUUCUUUCCAAUCCUCACUUACUUCAUUCUCGGCACCUCCAGACACCUCUCUGUUGGUCCAUUUCCAGUCACAUGUCUGAUGGUAGGGGCCGUGGUGCUAACACUUGCGCCCGAUUCUAAUUUCAUGCAACCGGGGAACACGACAGGUGUGAAUGGUACAACAGUUAUGGUUUUGAAUGCCGCAGCAAGGGACACCCAGAGACUUGCAAUAGCCAUGUCCAUGACUGUGCUGAUUGGAGUGUUUCAGGUUGCAAUGGGUGUGGUCCAACUGGGCUUUCUAGUGCGCUACUUGUCUGACCCCCUGGUGGGAGGCUUCACAACAGCAGCAGCUUUGCAAGUAGUUGUCUCCCAGCUCAAAAUAAUCUUUAAUGUACCUGUUGGCAACUACAAUGGCAUCCUGUCUCUCUUUUAUACUAUUGGUGAUGUUUUUAAAAACAUUAAGCAAACCAACCUGGUGGACCUGGUUGCUGCAGUGCUGACCAUCAUUGUGGUGAUGGUUGUAAAAGAGAUAAAUGCUAAAUUUCAGAAAACGCUUCCAGUGCCUAUCCCCAUUGAGGUUUUUGUGACCAUCAUUGAUGCAGGGGUGUCUUAUGCAUUGAAUCUCAGUGGCCAUUAUGGUGCAGGCGUUGUCAACACUAUCCCCAGAGGGUUUAUUCCACCCCAGCCCCCAGAUGUAUCACUCUUUAGCAGUAUUGCAGGUUCCAGUUUUUCCACAGGAGUGGUGUCUUAUGCCAUAGCAAUAUCCGUAGCUAAAGUCUAUGCAGCUAAACAUGAACUCACAGUUGAUGGAAAUCAGGAGCUCUUAGCCUUUGGUAUCAGCAACAUUUUCUGUGGGGCUUUCUCAGGUUUUGUAGCCACCACUGCACUCUCACGCACAGCAAUACAGGAGAGUACAGGGGGGAAGACUCAGGUGGCAGGUUUAAUCUCAGCUUUGAUGGUGUUCAUAGUUAUUAUGGCUCUUGGGCCUUUACUUCAGCCACUACAGAAGUCAGUGCUGGGGGGCAUUGUUGUUGCAAACCUGAAAGGCAUGUUCAUGCAGGUGCUUGAUAUACCCAUACUAUGGAGGAAGAACAAGACUGACUGUUUCAUUUGGGUGUUUACAUGCAUCAGCUGUAUUGUGCUGGGGCUGGAUAUAGGUUUGCUAACUGGUCUAGUGUUUGAACUGGCCACUGUGGUGAUCAGGACACAAUUUCCCAGCUGUGCAUCCCUUGGAAAUGCACCCAGCACAGACAUCUACAAGAAUAUGAAGGACUACAAAGCUAUUACUGAGAUUCCUGGAAUAAAGGUUUUCAAAUGCACAGCACCUAUAUAUUUUGCCAACAUCGAAUACCUAAAAGACCAAAUAAAACAUAAAGUGGGAUUUGAUGCAGUGCGGGUGUUUAAAAAGAGGAACAAAGCAUUAAAGAAGAUCCACAGACUAAUUAAAAAGGGGAAGCUGAAAUUCACAGAGAAUGGUCUAGUGCCAGUGGAGCCCUUGGGGGUGGACAAUGAGGCCUUUGAGAGGGAGCAGGACCCUGAGCUGGUGAAGGAAUUUGAGCAGGACAUGAAGGGUGGAACAUCUCCAAACACAGAAGUGGAAGUGCAAGUAGACUGGACCUCUGUGCUGCCUGUCAAUGUGAAUGUUCCCAAAGUCAACAUCCACAGCUUGGUGAUGGACUUCUCUGCUGUCUCCUUCCUGGAUGUGAUGGCUGCAAAGUCCCUCAAACUGAUUCUAAAGGAAUUUCUACGCAUUGGAGUCAGUGUCUAUAUUGCAGGCUGUGAUGAUGAGAUCAUAAUGAAAUUGGAGGCCAUGGGUUUCUUUGAUGAGGUGGUGAACCGAGGCAUGCUGUUCCUCUCAGUUCAUGAUGCCAUUCUGUACAUCAAAAUGGAAACCAGUGAUAAUUUGGAUGAUCCAAUGGCAGAUAAGAUUUCACAGAUGCAGGAUGACACAAUCCCACCACCUUUCAUUGAAGAUGAUGAUUUGAUUGAGACCUACGACAACCAGCACUUGGCUAUCCAUGGCCUCUCAAGCUGAGCCAAACCAUCCCACUGUUUUUGGACCUGUUAAAAAGGGGAACAAUGUCUUCCUAUUGAGAGUAAAUGUGCAAUACCUUUUCUUUAGACAACUCUGACAACAUAGCGUUAGUGAGCUUGGUUAUCUUCUGAAGUUAUGGAAACCUAUAUAUAAAAAAUAUGGAGAACAAUAAGGAUUUCUGGAUUUUCAAGUUGCUAGGCUAAUUUUAAGCACAAAGAAAGAUUUGCAGGGAAAUCUCUAUUAAUAUUCUCCUGAAGUUAGUCUCAAAUGGUGUUUCAUGUGCUUAGGCUUUUUGGUAUUGCACAAGUAAUCAUGAGCCCUCGAGACAUUAAGCGUUUUUCGUAUUUAAAAUGUAUAAAUGUAUAAAUAGCCUAUAUCUAUGACAACUCCAAAAAGGAAAAUAUUUCAGAUCACUGAUACAUCAGUGUAGCUAAAUUGUUUUAAAUUUCUUUUACACUCCCACUCCUGCUUUCUCACUACCACCAAACCUAAGUCAUGCCAUGACACCAUAUUAAUCUGAGGUAUUACAUUUUGUUUGUAUUUCUCAGCUAUUUUUCAAUGCUCCAUAUGCCUUCAUUUUAGUAGUUCGCAGUUUUCCAGCAAGAGCACAAGUUUUCUGCAAUGAACUCCUUAUUUGCAUUUAAUUUUACUUUCCAUCCUUCUGAAUGGUUCCAUUCAUUUUAAUAUUCUUACAAUUCUGAGGGUACAGGUUCUAAACAUUGGCUCUAUUUAAUUUUUUUUUGCCAAGUGUGUUAGUUCUGACAUGAACACACCUUUGUGCUUUCGAUACUUUUUCAUCCCUCCAUCCCAUCCCUCUUUGUAGGAUCUUAUUAAAAAUAAGCUCUUAUUCAGUUUUCAAGAUAGCACAACCAAAAUUGAUUUCAAGACAACUUAAGCACUUGCCUUAAAGUCUUUAAAAACUGUAAAAUAAUUGUUAAUAUGCUGUAUGAAAACUAUUGUUUGCACUUUUAUGUCUUUAUGUAUAACUAUACUAUAAUAUUAUAAUGCAUUAAAUCUUCAUUUUCUGUUACCAGUAUUUAUCAUCAUAAUCAAAUGUAAACGGGUAAUACUGUUAUCCUUAGAUAACUCUUAGACAACAUAUUUGUGCACUGCAAAUAUAUUUUGGUGGUUUAACUACUAAAUAUAUAGAAAAUCACACAAGUUCAAAUUUGGACUAAAUAACUGAAUAUGUCUACCACUCAAUCUUACAGGUCCAUGACACACAUAAUCUAUGAUAUUAUUAAUGCAUUAGGGGUCAAGGAUGCAGCAGAGUACUUCAUGAAUUCUCAUAAAGGGACACUCUACUGAUUUUUUGAUUAAAAAUGUUAAAUUUUAGGGCAAAAAAUGGAGUUGGUAUUGUUUACAACAUCAUACAGGCACCAGGGAUUGAAAACAUUUGUGAUGAUUACAGAUUCACUGAUGCCUUAAAGGCUGUUCUACAAUUGUAUAUAUCAAAAGUAUUUUGCCAAAACCUAAUUUCAAAACAACUGCAUUUUGUUCCCUGCAUUAUAUAUUGUGCACACUAUACAGAGCAGAGAGAAACAUGUAAGGUGUUGUAAGGACUAAUAGUUUUACAUAUUUAUGACCAUUACUGUUUUAUUUUGCACAUAAUGCAUUAGAUAGCCGUUUUGUUUGUCUUUGCACUGACCCUAGAUCUUAAAGGGAAUCAGCAGAAUCAGAAAAGGUAAGCCAGUAAAAGUCAGAAAAUGACUCGAGAAUAAACCAUUUUUUCUUCAAAUUACUCUUUUUUACUUCUCAUGCACAAAUGAUUAUGAGAUAAAAAAUGAUUAUUUUGAAAAUGUACCUCUGACUAUUAUUCCUCAUUAUUACUUGUGGGUCUCUAGCUUGUCAUUGAUAUAGCACUGCAGGGAAGAUGUA